GGAGACUUGAUGAUGAUGUUUCAUGGAAGCCAUCCCAGUCUAAACACUGGGGGCAAAGUCAGCAUAAUACUGGAGCCCAUUGAAGUUCAGGGCCCGGUGGACUGCCAUGAUUCCAUUUUGCAUUGGCACUGUGGGCAGAGAGUGCAUGUAUUUCAUGUGACACAUAUAGCCAACUGUGAGAGGUGCUGUGCCUAUUGGAUUGUGAGGAAGUGCGGGCACUUCCUAAGAAAUUGGAUACUUUGAAAGUCCACAUGUGCAAUGAAUUGCCCAUGUUGCUGUUGCAUCAAUGUGAUAUUGACAUGCCAAAACAUAUCCAGUCCACUGAAAGGAGUGCAACAGGAAGGAAACAGGUCAAGUCCCCACAGUUCUGGUAUGAUUUGGAUCAAUUAUUCAGCGCCAUUUUGCAGUCACAAGAGCGUAUGAACACACUUCAUUUUGGGAUGGUGGAAUACUUGGAUAACCCACAGGAGCUAUGGCAUUCAAGGGCAUGGGGCUCUUCUGUUUGCACAGUGUCAGGUGAGUACGCAUUGUCAAGGUAUAAUCAGAUCAUAUUUCCUGGAGACUUCAUUGAAUUCACUUCUAUGGCAUGUACACUAUUUGACGAUGUCCAUUAUGGUCAAGUCACCUUUGUUGGUGUGGAUAAGCAAUUGAGGUCAAUCCAUUAUGGAAAGACAGUCUUGACAGUACAACUGGUGAUACUAUCAUCAUGUCUUCCUGUUGAUUUGGAUAUGAACAGAUGUGAGUUUGUGCUUAUUGAGGAUAAUUGCCUGGAGAUUGAAGACUGUUCUGUUCAUGCCAGGGUGGAUAUGGCCUUGGAUCAUGGGCUACAACCAGUGUCACCCACAAGCUUGAAGUUAUGGAGUAUGGAUGGAAUUACCUGGAAGCCUGACACUCAGUUAACCAGCAAGUGCAGUCACUACUGAUUUUGAUUUUCAUUGAUGACUUUGGCAUUCAUCACAACAUGUAUCAGGUGUUGAAGGCAUUCUAUAUGACACUUGCAGGCUUGCUGUACCAUGAGUGGAGCAAGGUGGUCAAUACUUUUACAUUGACACUGGGUCCCCAUGGUGCACAAAUGGCCGAUGUGGUUUCAUCCUUUGAAGAGGCGUUUAGUGAGCUGAGGAC